ACAACAGGCCAAAUUACGGUGCUCAUAUAUUAUUUCAUUUUUAUAGUUUGAAGGAGUAGGAGUAAUAAAAUUUGCUUAUUAGAUAGAUCCGCGUCGGCUGGUGAAGGCAGUGCGUUUGUUGUCUCUCUCGGGGUGGCCGGGCGGGCACACCUCCGUUGACCUAUUUUCUGGUUAUUGCAUUGAAGCUAACUAUUUAUGUCUAAGGGUGUAAAGUAGGGCGCCGCCGGUUUUGCAUCCAGUAUGCAAUAAGUUGAUUUUGCGACAGUGGUGCUUAAUAAGUGCAAUUUUGUUGGAUUUAUUAACUUAAUAUUUAUUUAUUCGGGUGUUUUGUGUGCAGAGAUGUUAAUUGUCAUAACAGGACCAGUCAGAGGAUCCUCUCUUGCUAUAGAUGUGUAGUGUAGUGAAAACAUUGAAAUGGGCCCUGGGAACAGGCAGCUUGGACACAGCGAGAGGCAAUGAGACUGCAAUAUGAUGGACUCCGACUUGCCACCGGGUAGCUGUAACUCCACCGGACAUCUGUCCACCAUCGGAUACCACACUCUGCCUGGCCGCAUGCACCACUCGGCGAGCACGCCAGCGGGGGUGGACGGCGCGGGAGGGGGCUCACGCACUCCGCCGCCCACCCCGAAGAAGGGCGGCAAGAUGCUCGCCGUCCGGGUGCAGAUGCUGGAUGACUCCAUCUCCAUGUUCCAGAUACAGUCGAAAGCUUUGGGUCGAGUGCUGUUCGACCAGGUGUGUCGGCAGCUGCACCUGCUAGAAGCUGAUUACUUCGGGCUGGAGUAUCAGGACGCUAAUGGGACUAAGUACUGGCUGGAUGUAGAGAAGCCGAUGUGCCGCCAACUAGGGCUGUCGAUGUUGGAGCCGACACUGCGUUUCUGCGUGAAGUUUUACACGCCCGACCCUGCGCGGCUCGAAGAGGAGUUCACACGGUACCUCUUCUGUUUGCAAGUGAAACGGGACCUUGCUCACGGCUGCAUACAGUGCAAUGAGAACACUGCCGCGCUCAUAGCCAGUUAUAUUGUCCAGGCUGAAUGCGGCGACUUUGUUCCGGAGGAUUAUCCAGACCAUAGAUACCUCAGCUCGUAUAAGUUCUUCCCCGGACAGGAUCAGGAGUCGGAGAGGAGAAUCAUGGAGAACCACAAGAAACAUAUAGGUCAAAGCCCCGCCGAAGCGGACCUGAAUCUGUUGGAGACCGCGCGAAGAUGCGAGUUAUACGGUGUAAAAAUGCACCCAGCGAAGGACCAUGAAGGCGUGCCCCUCAACCUGGCAGUGGCCCACAUGGGCAUAGUGGUGUUCCAGCACUUCACCAAGAUCAACACCUUCAGCUGGGCCAAGAUCAGGAAGAUCUCCUUCAAGAGGAAGAAGUUUCUCAUAAAACUUCACCCGGAGGGCUGUAAUUACUAUCGCGACGUCGUGGAAUUCUUCUUCGAAACUCGCAACGAAUGCAAGAACUUCUGGAAGAAGUGCGUGGAGAACCACGGCUUCUUCAGAUGUUCCAGCGUGCCUCGGCCGCCGCGGCACAAGACCAGGGUCAUAUCCAGGGGAUCCUCUUUCAGGUAUAGCGGUAAAACACAGAAGCAGAUAGUCGAGUUCGUCCGAGACAACUAUGUGAAGCGGCAAACAUUCCAAAGGUCGGGGUCAUUCCGCGCGUCGCGGUCGGCGGGCGGGUCGCGCGGCAACGUGUCCUCGCACGCGGCCACGCCGCUCAACGCUAGUCUCUCCGCCCAUCCGCUGCUGCCGCUACCGCCAGGCUCCGAUGCGAUUUCCCUGGAGUGGGACAAGCAGCCUCACUACCUGGAGGCUUCUCUGAUGAUGAAGGGAUACACGGCGGAGGAGGCGCGCGAGGCGGCGCAGCGCUCCGCGCGGAGGGCCGGGGGGGGCGCGCCUCGCCCGCCGCCACCAGCUACCGCCUUUGUCACCACGAGGGACAAGCUGUCAAAACUGUACUGCAGCCAAAUCGGAGCUCCAGAGCUUGUGACCCAUGCCGAGGUCAAUCAUCGUCCUACGCAGGAUUCGCCUCUGCCUCAUCGGACGACGACACCAUUGGUUUCUCCGGAGAGUACAUGGAGCCAGGCGAGCUUGGGUCGUGCUCCAGCUGGUCGCGCGCGCGCGCCCACUCCGCCGCCUCGUGCCCGCCCAGACGACACGUCGCCAGAGGAAGAGGACAUCACAGUCUCAUCGGCAAGUCUAUGCAUGUCGCCGAGCAUGACAGAGAGGAUCGAAGACAAGAGCGAGAUAGAUAGCAUAGUGCCUAUGUGUGCGUCCACGCCGCUUGCACGACCCCAACGCCAUCUAGCGAACGGACACGACAGGGAUAGUGAUACGAUAAAUGGCAACAUCAAUGUUAACGUCGUGUCCGAAUCGACGAAUAGUAUGGAUGUUCUCAGCGGUGGAGAAAGUGACGCGGGAGAUACACUAAAAAGAAAUAAUAAUAACAGUAUAUCCAGUACGCUAACAAACACCCUCAAAGACGGAACGAGCGACAAAAAGCGAGGUGAUGUCACAUACUUCGUGGCCAAGGAGCUGUUGAUGACAGAGCGAACGUACAAAAGAGACAUGGAGCUUGUCACGGUCACAUUCUCCCGACGCGUGUCGGAGUUGGCGAGCGGCGAGAUGACGCCAGCGCUGGCGCGCGCGUGCCUGGCGCUGGAGCCGCUGGCGCUGCCGGCCGGCGCUCUGCUCGCGCGUCUCGAGCGCUCGUUGGCGUCCGCUACGCUCAACGACGACGAACCAGAGUACAGAAAGAUAGAUGACUUAUUAUACGACUAUUUGUCUAAUACGUUUGAUGCGUAUUCAGCAUACGUAUCUCACGCGGGUGCGCUCGUAGCGUUGGUUGAAAGCGUGAGACGCAGCGGGGGCAAGGCGGCGGAGCUGUGUGCCUCCUUCGACGGUGCGGCGGCGCUGCCGCUCGCCUGUCUGCUGCUGCGGCCGCUGCACAGGCUGCUGCACUAUGCCCGGCUUGCUAAAGAGUUGCAGAGUGCGGCGGGCGGCGGCCCCCCGUGCCGCGCGCUGGAGCCGGCGCGGCGGCUGGCGCACGCGGCGCAUGCGCAGCUGCCGCAUGCCGAGCACCACGCCGCGCUCUGCCAGCUGCAGAGAGACAUCGCUGGUUACGAUAAACUGUUGGUAGCGGGGAGGGAGUUCAUAAGAAUGGGCUGCUUAUACAAACAUUCCACUAGGGGUCUACAACAGAGGAUGUUGUUUUUGUUGAGCGACGUGUUGGUGGUGACGUCGAAGUCGAAGCCGGGCGGCAGUCGGUUCCGCGCGCACGCCGCGCUGCCGCUGCACGCGCUCGCCGUGCGCCGCGACUCUCUGCCCAACUCCUUCCAGCUCCACGGUGAAGACGUGCAACUGUUGUUGAGCGCGAGCACAGAACAAGAGUUCUCGGGUUGGACACAAGCCCUCGAGAGCGCGAUACAACAAGCGAAGUUGAACCCCGCUCCGGUCGACACUCAACUCACGCAGGACGACAAUGAAGAUCACCCCAGCAGCAGCAGCGCCCUGUGCGCCAGUUCGCUGUCGCACGUGUGCUGGCAUCGCGUCGCUGCUCUGCCCAGGGAGAACCUGCAGCUAGCGCUCAGGACGCAGCUGUCGGGCUACCUCCUCCGCAAGUUCAAGAAGUCCCCGGGCUGGCAGAAGCUGUGGGUGGUGUUCGCCGCCUUCACGCUGUUCUUCUACAAGAGUUGGCAGGACUCCGCGCCGCUGGCGUCGCUGCCGCUGCUCGGCUACGGUGUGGGCGCGCCGCAGCCGGCGGACGACAUCGACAAGGAGUUCGUGUUCAAGCUGCACUUCAAGAACCACGUCUACUUCUUCCGGGCCGACAGCCACUUCACAUAUAACAGGUGGACUGAGGUACUCCAAACGGCGAUGGUACAAAACAAUAAUUAACUUACAAAAUUAAAAACAAACUGCAAACACGAAUACAAAUUGGUGCCAUAGCGACGUUCGUGAUCAAAUACAUUGUUUUUAUAUGUAUCUUGAAAUUUAUCGAGCUAUAAUCUCUUGCCUUUACGAAAACUCGUGGUUAUUUAAUAGCUUGGCAUAAGAUCACUAUACUUUUGAUUGAUUACACAUAUACAAAUUUAUUAACCGAAAACACAGUAAAUUCCGUAGCACACGUGACGCCUGCGUAAAUAAAAUUAACGUCGUUAUUACACAUUCGGCUGUGAUUAUAAUACAACCGCCCAUCCGCCUGAUGUCAACCCUCUUGCAAUAUCUGCGAGAGAAUAUCGAGUGGUCUGAUCUCUGGUCUUCUAGGGCGCGAACCACACGCUCUCGUUCCAACUAAAUAGUAAUAUAUAAUGAGCAGGCAUACAAAGCAUUGGUGUGAUAUGUCAGGCACACUUUACAAUGAUUUUUUUAAAUAGAAAUAUAGCAGUCACUGCAAUAUACAAACAACUAUUUUUUAUUUAUUUAAAUUCACUAAAUAAUGGCUGUCUUGGUGAACUAUGUUAAAAAAAGGAGUUUAUGUGCUUUUAUUUCUUACAAAUUGACAACAUGUGUAUAAAUUAUGAACUCAUUAUAAAGAGUUUACUGUGCAAUAAAAAUGAAUAUAAACCCUGUCAAAACUAAUGAAUAUAUAUUUAAUCAAUUACAAUACACGUAUGAAUGUUUAUCGAGUGUCAACGGCGUUAGUUAGCGUAGUAAAUGCUUAUUUAUUGUGAUUUGUGAUAAAUAACUCCAGUCAAUUAGCGGAAAGGAUUAGAAAGGGCGCAUGCGGCGCUAGAGAGUUCAACUCCGAAAUGAAAAUCAAUAAAAACUUUUUUAUUGUACCACCACGGUAAAUGAAAUCUUAUUGUUUUUUAUUAAAGUAUAAGUAUAUUUGACUUAAAGCCAAUAGCACACUAGCGCCAAUUUCACAUUUUUAUCAAUUCAUAUUAUUUCUUAGAGAAAAAUAUAUCUUUGUGGCGUUAGUGUUUUAAUAAAAAGAUAAUAAAAUGUAGAAACGAGAGAACAAUCUGUUCGAAAAUGAUUAAGUUAUAAACAAUUACAAUUUAAUUUAUAUUUAUUGCAAAACAGCUUGUUCUAUAAAUAGUGGACUUAUGACAUGACGUCAAAUAUCGGAUGUCUCUAACCGAAAACUCAAAACAUAGGUAUAUCAGUUCAGAAUAUUAAAUAAAUAUAUAAUGUAUUUUAAAUAAAUAUAUAA